AUGGGGCGAGGCGCAGGCCCAGACCCCCGACGACUCACUGGUCGAGCGUCGAGGAUCGAGUUCCUCUGGGGUGUCUCGCUGGGGCCCCCAGGGGGUCUCCUCGCUGGCACGGCUGGCUUCCAAUAUCGGGAUCCCAGCCAGCACCACAUAUCCCCAUACUCAAAUGCCUGCGAAUUGUGGCCGAGGAGGCCGACACUCUGCGACGGGGAGGCGGGGGGCGAGCUGUGGUCUCACGAUUGCACCGCCCUGCUGAUUGACAGAAGCGUUGCGGUGCAGCUGGAGGAGCGCGUGCGGCUGCCCAACUUGGCACAGCACAAAUUCGCUUGUCAGCUUCCGCUCGACCUUGUGGCGGGGUCAUCGGAAUGCAGGUUGCUGUUAUGA